CUGGUCUCCUUUUCUCCCUGACCAGUAAGCAAUCUCCAGAUUUUGCAGUCCGUUGUGAAAUGGCACCACCUGGAGCACAAGGCUGCCCACCUAUGGGACGUAUUUGCAGGCGUCUUAAAUGACCAAGCCAUAAUCCUGUCUGUGAACUCCAGCUUUGUGGAUCCCCUUCUGCAGUUUGAAGCUCAGUUGAAGAUAAUAGAGGCGUCCUUUAAAAUGGUAUUUUCUAUACCAAGCCUUGAAGAAGUGAAAGAAAUGGGGAGCAGCAAAGGUGGCAAGGAGGACCUGGAGGAAUUAUACCAAAGUAUUUUAAACAUAUAUGAGGACACUCUUCUGAUCUUAGUGUCUAAGGACAUCUACAAACUGCAGAUCUUAAAGGAAAUGGCCGUGUGGAUGAGCGAGGACAGCUCGUACCAGCAGGAGAGAGUCAUGGUGAUCAUCACCAGGGUGCUGAACUUCGCGUCCAGGAAAGUCCGGGGACACGCGACGGUGGACGCUCCGUGUCUGGGGUUCCUAGCAGCAGAACUGUCCCUUUUGUGUUCCCACACUGACCCGGCCAUCACACAGCAAGCGUCUUUGGGGAUCUAUUACCUCCUCUGCAUUGCAAAGUGCCAGAAGGAUACUGGAGCAAAUAAAAUUGCAAAGUGUGACAAGUGUGGAAGCCGCUGUUACCUGCCUUCACCCUCCGCUAUCGAAUUCCUACCCAGCAUCUUGCAAGGAGAAAAAUCCAAAAUCGCUCAGAGUAUCGGACAAGCCUUAAUGCCAUCCUUGCUGACCGACUUUGUGUGGAGUCUCUUUCUGAGAGUCAGUUCACCUCACCAGGCUUUUGCAAAGGAGGCGGCCGCUAUACUGAAACUGACGCUGGAGUCCCACGCCUACAAGGUCACCACGGUGUCUAAGAUUGUGGAUGCCAUUUAUACGAAAUUGUGUGAGGACCCUUCUCACGGGAUGAAGCUCACUCUGUUGCGGGUCAUCACCUUGUUGACACGCACAUCGCCGAAAAAGGUCAUCUUUCAGCUCAUGGACUACCCAGUCCCAGCAGACAGCACGUUGAUACUGAUGUGGCAGGCAGCCGGGUCCGAGUCCGCCGUGGCCCCCUUCGUGCUCAAGACAACCUUGCUGAUCCUGAAAGGGAAGCCCGGGGAGAUGCAGGACAGCUACGUGGACAGGCGGCGGUCCUCUCUCGACGCGACGAAUAUGAUGCCCGUGGCGGCGUCCCAGGCCCUGUGCACGUUGCUGCCCUCUUGCUCCUACAAGAAAGCGGUGGCCCAGUUCUUCCCUCAGCUCCUGAUGGCCCUCAUGUUUCAACUCUUCUACAGCAGCAGCAUGACCGGGGAGAAGGAGGGCAGUCUCUCCUAUGCCCGGGACGCCCUGCGAGUUCUGCUGAAUUGCUCCGGACUGCAGCAGGUGGAUGUCAUUCUGAAGAAGAAGAACUUCUGGAAUCAGGUCUCCCAGGUGCUGUUUCACCUCCACGGGAUCUACCUGGUUGCCAAAACUCUCGGUGAAUGUAACUUUCCGCAGUUUCCAGAAACCCUGCAUUAUCUCUACAAGCUCUCGGUGGAAGGUCCGAGAAGGUCAGAGGACAGUGUGAUCACAGUAAUUUUCCUCACUGAACUGCUGAAUAAAUUCUUCAAGGACCCAUUCCCAGACGAAUUUCUGGUUCUCUUCCGGAACUGGGUCAAAGACUCCAACCCCACAGUCAGCAAACUGAGCCUGCAGAAAAUCGCCAGUAUGGCGCCAGUGAUCAAUCAGAUAGAAAAUAUGUCCAGCAUAGUCUUAUCCAUCCUGGAGGCCUUCGUUUCCAAAGACAAGACUGUGAUAAUCCGGGCCUUGCUUACCCUUCGAAGACUUUUAAACAAACUGGACAAGGUGACCUACUCAUCCCUGUGUACCAGAAUUGCUUCCAGCUACUGCCCGCUGAUGGAUCAUAGCGACGGAGGCAUCCGAAGCCUGGCCAUCCGGCACUUUGGUGAACUGCUCAAUGACAUGUGUCAGUACACAUGGAUGCUGAAUGCUGUGUUUCUUGACGCCCUGGUGCCGUUGAUCCUGUACCUGGAGGAUACAGAGACCAGAGUCGUGACGGCGUGUAAACACACACUGUCCAUCUGCGCCUCGCAACUGAAGUGGUCGAUAUCGCAUCUGCUCAUGGACCAAUAUUACAAUUUUGAGCUGGUGGUGCUCAACAUCUGCAACGAUAUCUUUAUUUCUCACGGGGGCUACCUUACGGACCUGAUAUCUGAUAGCUUAGGGUUCCUAAGCAGUUCCCGAGUAUACCUGAGGAGAGCAUCCGUUAUCUUAAUAGGGUACUUGACAUCAUUGGGUGGCCAUCUACUGCUCAGAGAUGACAUUGAAGCCAUUCUUGAGGUGGUCGACCGAGUGCUCCAGGAUGAGGACCCCGUGGUCAAGGACUUGGCGAAAAUAACCCACGACCUUUUAAAGAAAGAGGCCCAUAAACUGACCUCCUCGGUCAUUAAACAGAGCUUCCGAAGGCUGUUCAGCUUUAUCUAUAUGAAAAAAGCGAAGGCUCUUUAUAAUUAUAACCUCAGCGAGCACAGGACAGAAAGUUCUGUUGAGAUGGAACAAAACCAGGAAUUAGGAAGACAUUUUGUGCAGGAAUAA